AUGACGACGAACGCACUCCCAAAACGCUGUUUAGGUUGUUGCGUUCCUUCGAACUGCGACGCAUCAUUUCUUCGAAAACGAAGACACAGACUCACCGUGAACAACAUUUUUCCUGCUCCCUUUUCAUCGUCAUCAUCGCGAGCGGCAAAAGCAAAAGCAACAAAAGCGGAGAAGGUUUUCUCAACAACGACGACGACAAGAAGAAGAAGAAGAAGAAACUCAGAAAGGAGAAGCGUAAACAACGAAGACGACCCGCUGUUAUCGUUCGCCGCUCAGUUAGAACCGCCGAAAGUAGACUUAGACUUGGAGUCUUUGCAAGAAGAUUUAGGCGCAGUUGUUGACGAAAAUGGGUUCGUUUUACGAUACGGAGAGGAAAUCGAAGAGGAAGUUAAAAUUUUACGAAACGAGUGCGCGAUUAUCGAUCGAUCGGAGUGGGGGAUAUUUCGAGUCGCAUCUGGCGCCGAGGGAGAUAUGGUGAAAUUUUUAGAAACUCUGUCGUUGUCGUCUGAAAAACUCUCGAUGGAGGAGAUUGGAAGCAUCCAACCGGGCACGGGGAAGCGGGUGAACGGGAAACUCGAUAUCUACGCGCAAGAAUCCGGCGCGUUUUUAGUGAUUGCAUCGAGGGAGGACGUGAAAGAAAAUAGGGUAGAAACCAUCGCGAAAGAGUGUAAGAUGAGCGAGGUUAUGAAUUUAGCGAGUCGAUGCGUGUUGCUCACCGCGUGUGGGCCGAAAACCUUGGAGGUUUUGAAACCGACUGGGUUAGCGAUGGUCUUGGAAGCCGGAAAGGAGUACGAAAAUGCGCACGCGGUGUUUGGGUUCGAGAAUAGGCCGGUGGUGUGUUGUAAAACGAACGAAUUUGUCGGUGAGUGCGGGGAAGAGUCGGCAAUGAACUUUGUGGUAGAUGAAGGCGUAGCUGGACAGGUUUGGGCGGCGAUUAUUAAAGCCGGCGCGUUCCCGGUUGGUACCGAGGCGCUCGACGCCAUUCUUCAGUAA